CUUUCAACGCCUCUUCCUCAUUAAGAGUAGAGUUGUGUUCACGUGUGGUUGUGUCUCCUUUUUCCACAAAAUAGGUCACACAACCCACCUCCAUUCGUGAAUUAACUCUUCUAUAAAAAAAAAAAACAAAAAAAAUAUAAAAAGUCGAAAAACUUAAACCAAAAAAAUCGAAAAAUCGUAGCCGAAAACCGCGAAACCCGGUAAAGUGUGGAAAAAAAUAGAAAUCAUUUGCGUUACGAGGAGCGACGUGGUCGGAAGAGGGCAAGCCAUAUUGAAGGAACCAAGGAACCCGAAACCCCAAGGAAUUUCAUCAUUUUAAAGCAACACGACGUGGGAAUAAUACGACAAUGAAUCCGGGAGCUCCGAAUUAUCCUAUGGCCUCCCUCUACGUGGGGGAUCUGCACUCCGACAUUACCGAAGCGAUGCUUUUCGAGAAGUUUUCAUCGGCUGGUCCUGUUCUCUCGAUUCGCGUCUGCCGUGACAUGAUCACCCGACGCUCGCUCGGCUAUGCAUAUGUAAAUUUUCAACAACCGGCCGACGCUGAACGUGCUCUCGAUACCAUGAACUUCGAUAUGAUAAAGGGGCGGCCUAUCCGUAUAAUGUGGUCCCAGCGUGAUCCUUCAUUAAGAAAAUCUGGAGUUGGCAAUGUCUUCAUCAAGAACUUGGAUAAGAACAUAGACAAUAAAGCCAUGUAUGACACUUUCUCAGCUUUCGGUAACAUACUUAGCUGUAAAGUCGCGCAAGACGAGACUGGUAAUUCAAAAGGCUAUGGCUUCGUUCACUUUGAAACAGAGGAAGCUGCAAAUAAAUCCAUUGACAAGGUCAAUGGCAUGUUGCUGAAUGGUAAGAAGGUGUACGUUGGCAAAUUCAUCCCCCGCAAGGAGCGCGAGAAGGAACUCGGCGAGAAGGCCAAACUCUUCACUAACGUAUACGUGAAGAACUUCGGAGAAGACAUGACCGACGACAAACUCAAGGAGAUGUUCGAAAAGUACGGCACCAUUACCAGCCACAAGGUAAUGAGCAAGGACGACGGUAAAUCGCGGGGAUUUGGUUUCGUCGCCUUCGAAGAUCCGGACGCGGCCGAGCAAGCUGUGAACGAGCUCAACGGGAAGGAGGUCGCGGAGGGCAAGUGCAUGUACGUAGGUCGCGCCCAAAAGAAGGCUGAACGUCAACAGGAGCUCAAGAGGAAAUUCGAACAGCUCAAGAUAGAGCGUCUUACGCGAUAUCAGGGUGUGAAUCUUUACGUGAAGAACCUGGACGACACCAUUGACGAUGAACGUCUCCGCAAGGAAUUCACCCCGUUCGGUACUAUUACCUCCGCCAAAGUCAUGAUGGAGGAUGGCCGCAGCAAGGGAUUCGGCUUCGUUUGCUUCUCUUUACCCGAAGAGGCCACAAAGGCCGUUACUGAAAUGAAUGGCCGUAUCGUUGGAUCCAAACCGCUCUACGUUGCUCUCGCGCAACGCAAAGAAGACCGCAAGGCUCAUCUCGCCUCGCAAUACAUGCAACGCAUGGCCAAUAUGCGUAUGCAACAAAUGGGCCAGAUCUUCCAACCUGGCACUGCCGGGAGCUACUUCGUGCCUACCAUGCCUCAGCCUCAGAGAUUCUAUGGGCCGGCCCAAAUGGCACAGAUUCGUACUACGCCACGCUGGCCAGCGCAACCGAAUCAAGUACGACCCAACGCACAAACUGGAAGCUCAGGCUUCGCAGCGAUGCAAGGUCAACAAGCUGUCGGAGGUGCGAAUAUGCAAGGCGGUCGUCCGAUGGCUGGUAACGCGGUCGGUGUCCCGCCACAAAGUCGCCCGUCCAACUACAAGUACACUUCGAACAUGCGUAAUCCACCACAAGCGAUGACGAUUCCUGCUCCAGCCCCAGUUCAGCAAGCGGUUCACAUACAAGGCCAGGAGCCACUGACCGCGUCGAUGCUGGCGGCUGCUGCUCCUCAAGAGCAAAAGCAAAUGUUGGGAGAGCGUCUGUUCCCGUUGAUCCAGUGCAUGUAUCCCCAGCUUACUGGGAAAAUUACCGGAAUGCUGUUGGAAAUCGACAAUUCGGAGCUCCUGCACAUGCUCGAGCAUAAUGAGUCGCUGAAAGCUAAGGUCGAAGAGGCCGUGGCCGUGCUCCAGGCGCAUCAAGCCAAGCAGGCCGUGGCUUCCAAGAAGGAAUAACCUUUGUACGUCAGGCUAUCGUUUUCUUCUUCUUUUAUUAUUCGCCAAUAAUGUUGUUUUCUUUCGUAGUCGCCAGGUCUCGAGUAACAGCAUUGUAUUUUGCGUACAUCUCACGAACGUUGUUAUCGCUGAAAAUUUCUUAAUUACCUUAUAGAACAGCUUCAGCGAUCGCCAGGCUUUGCGAGACACGAGAAAAAAAGCUGUUACUCAAAACCUGCUGGCUAUUCGUGAAGGGGUUUUUUCUUCAAGUUUUAUGAUAAUAAACUUUCCUUUCAAAAUAA